AUGGCGGACGGAAUCGACCGAAAUGCGGACGACAAGAUCGAGUUCUCCACCUCCAAGGAGGUCACGGUCGCGCCUACCUUCGAGGCCAUGCACCUGAAGGAGAACCUGCUACGCGGUAUCUACGCCUACGGAUACGAGUCGCCCUCAGCUGUGCAGUCGCGCGCCAUCGUUCAGAUCUGCAAAGGUCGCGACACCAUCGCUCAGGCGCAGUCCGGAACAGGAAAGACCGCGACUUUCUCCAUCUCCAUCCUCCAGGUCAUCGACACGGCUGUGCGCGAGACACAGGCACUCGUACUAUCACCCACUCGCGAACUUGCGACCCAGAUCCAGCAGGUUAUCAUGGGUCUCGGCGAUUACAUGAACGUGCAAUGCCACCCUUGCGUCGGAGGAACAAACGUCGGCGAGGACAUCCGCAAGCUCGACUAUGGUCAGCACGUUGUCUCUGGAACCCCAGGACGUGUAGCCGACAUGAUUCGCCGCCGCAACCUCCGCACACGCAACAUCAAGAUGCUCGUUCUCGAUGAAGCCGACGAGCUCCUCAACCGAGGUUUCCGCGAGCAAAUCUACGAUGUCUACCGCUACCUCCCACCUGCCACCCAAGUUGUUGUCGUUUCAGCCACCCUCCCAUACGAUGUGCUCGAGAUGACAACCAAGUUCAUGACGGACCCCGUGCGCAUUCUGGUUAAGCGCGACGAAUUGACGCUAGAGGGCCUCAAGCAAUACUUUAUCGCUAUCGAGAAGGAAGAGUGGAAAUUCGACACCCUGUGCGAUCUCUACGACACGCUCACCAUCACACAAGCAGUUAUCUUCUGCAACACGCGCCGCAAGGUUGACUGGUUGACGGACAAGAUGCGCGACGCCAACUUCACUGUAUCCUCUAUGCACGGAGAGAUGCCGCAGAAGGAGCGAGACAGCAUUAUGGCCGACUUCCGUCAGGCCAACUCUCGCGUGCUCAUCUCGACCGAUGUGUGGGCGCGUGGCAUUGACGUGCAACAAGUGUCGCUCGUCAUCAACUACGAUCUGCCAUCGAACCGUGAGAACUACAUCCACAGGAUUGGUCGAAGUGGACGAUUCGGACGCAAGGGUGUAGCCAUCAACUUUGUCACUCAAGAUGACGUCCGCAUCCUCCGUGACAUUGAGUUGUACUACUCUACCCAGAUCGACGAAAUGCCCAUGAACGUUGCCGACCUCCUCGCGUAG